GAGAAGGGAAAAAGACAGUUGCUCAUUGAUAAACUUGUUCCAAAUUCAUCCACAAUGUUGAAAAGCUUAACAUUUCUGCUUCUGCUUACAUCCACCCAAGGAUUGUGGUUUCUCAAAUCAAAGCCAAAGCAAGUUUGUUACCCACACGUAGGGUGUUUCAGCAAUGCAAAGCCAUUCAACAAUGCAAGGGGAACCUUGCCCCAGUCUCCGAGCAAGAUUGAAACCACAUUCAGCCUGUACACCAGACAGAACAGAGAUACUGCCCAAAUCCUGGAUCCAUAUAAUACAAACACCGUCUCCAAUUCCAACUUUGAUUCCAAUCUACCGACUAUUUUUAUCACCCACGGAUUCCAAGACACAGCAAAAUCUGGAUGGCCACUGGAGAUGAAAGACGCCCUUCUCGAAAAUGGAGACAUGAAUGUGAUAGCUGUUGACUGGUCAAAGGGCACUCAAGGUACAAUUUACCGUCAGUCCGCCGCCAAUACUCGUGUGGUUGGGGCCACCAUUGGGAACAUGAUAAAAGCUUUACGAGACAGCGUCAGCUUACCUCUGGGACAGGUCCACCUCAUUGGUCACAGUCUCGGUGCCCAAAUCAUGGGGUAUGCCGGAGACUGGGUACGGGGAAUUGGCAGAAUAACGGGACUUGACCCGGCUGGCUUAUAUUUUGAAAAAUUUGACACCAAAGUUAAACUGGAUCCCUCUGACGCGAGUUUCGUUGACGUCAUUCACACCGAUGGGGCCUCGCUGCUGGAAAUGGCUUUUGGAAUCAGGACACCGAAUGGACAUGUUGACUUCUAUCCAAACGGGGGUACAAGACAACCCGGAUGUAAGCGUAAUCUGUGGAGCAACAUUCAGAAUUUUUUCCAAGGAAAAAUGGGAAAGAUUUCAGCAAGCGUAGCAUGCAGUCAUAUGCGGGCUAUCUACUUCUUUAUCGAGUCUAUUAAUUCCUCUUGUGGAUUUAAGGCCUACCUCUGUACAACUUAUUGGGACUUCUACCGUGGCAAGUGCAUGUCGUGUGCAAAUGGCUGCAACAGAAUGGGUUACCAUGUCGAUAAGAAUGUUCACGGCAAAUUCUACCUGCAAACAAAUGCUGCUCCUCCCUUCUGCAAAAGAGACUGAGUCUGGAGUUUGAAAAUUCCGUUUUAAGAUUUGUUUUCGGUGUUUUACAAGUUAUAGCACGCUUCACUUGUAAACAGAAUAAAACGAUGAACAUUUUUUUUCUGUUUUUUGUUAAGUCUUGUUUUGUUCUGUUUUUUGUCAUAUAUUUUGCAAAUAAAAGCAAGAUUGUUCACUGAGUGUUCAGUCUUGCAAACUUUUCUAA